AACGAUUACCGGACAAAUUUCUCUCUUUGCCUUAAAUAUGAAACUUGAACCAAAUCCAUCUGGUUCUGGCCAACAAAUAGGGAAAAGGGUUACACUUCAUCCAGAUGUUAAAAUGUUUCCAGACAAUCAUGAGGACACACACACACACACACACACACACACACACACACACACACACACACACACACACACACACACACACACACACUCUGCAUGAAACGCCAGAGGGUAACAGUCUGCGGACUUCAGACGGUCAUAAAAGCUCAGCCAUCCGCUCUGGACUCACCUGUCGGCUGCCUCAGCAGACUCAUCUUGYGCGCCAUGCCGCAGCAUUUCCACGUGAACACGCCGCUGCUGGAGAGCGUCAGCAUGUCCAAGAUGGCGGGCACCGCCGUGUACCUGAAGAUGGAGAACUGCCAGCCCUCCGGCUCCUUUAAGAUCCGCGGCGUAGGACACCUCUGCCAGCAGCUCGCCAGCCGCUCCAGGGGAGUCGUGUGUUCUUCAGGUGGGAACGCCGGGAUGGCCGCAGCCUACGUGGCCCGGAAGAUGGGGCUCCCGGCGACCGUGGUGGUGCCGUCCUCCACCCCGGCGCUGGUGGUCCGCAGGCUGCAGGAGCAGGGCGCCGCCGUCAAGGUCGCCGGGAAGGUUUGGGAUGAUGCCAACGCCGAAGCKCUGAGGCUGGCGGAGACGGAGCAGCUGACCUUCGUUCCUCCGUUUGAUCACCCCCUGCUGUGGGAGGGUCACGCCUCGGUGGUGGCGGAGGCGGCGGCCGCCCUGGGCCCUGGGGCCCGGCCCGGCGCCGUGCUGCUGUCGGUGGGGGGCGGGGGCCUGCUGUGCGGCGUCGUCCGCGGCCUGAAGGACGCCGGCUGGGCGGACGUGCCAGUUAUCGCCAUGGAAACGGUGGGGGCCGACUGCUUCAACGCCGCCAUCAAAGCUGGAGAGCUGGUGACUCUGGAUGACAUCACCAGCGAGGCCAAGUGUCUGGGUGCGAAGACGGUCUGCCGCAGAGCCUUUGAGCUGAGCCAGAGCGGCGAGGCGACCAUCAUCUCUGAGCUGGUGACGGACCAGGAGGCGCUCAGGGCCGUCCAGAUGUUCCUGGAUGAGGAGCGGGUUCUUGUGGAGAUGGCGUGUGGAGCAGCGCUGGCCGCCGUCUACAGCGGYCUGAUCCCCAGACUGCAGGCCCAAGGCAGGCGGCCGCCGCAUUUCUUAUUGUUAUCGUUAUUGGGGCACCUGCUGCUCUACACCCAGUAGAAUGUCUCUUUAUUAUUGGGGUCAGUGUUGUGGUACUCUAUCGGCCUCAAGACCAUUUGGUCUCGGGCGCUGAGGACUCGGCAUUUUAUUUCAACACCAGUCGAGACCCCAACUGAGAAAAUAUCACUAACCGUCCAGCAAACUGUCCAGUUUAUUUAACAUCAGUGGAUGCAAAACGCACCGAUUAAAAUCCAACCAAUCACGUGUUUCUGUUG